AUGUCCUCCCGGACAAACGGGACCCUGCUCGAUCCCGGGGACCCGUCGAUAUUCUUUGAACCUGACGAUGAUGAUGGGGGAGGACUGCUGCCGGAUAGGGUGAAUGAGAUCCUCUCGCAGACGAACUAUUUUGGUCUUCUCCUCGUCUUCAUCCCCAUCAUCACGAUCCUCGGCAAUCUCCUGGUGAUCGUCUCCGUGCUACGGUUCCGGGCCCUCCACAGCGCGAUCAACUUUCUGAUCCUCGGGCUGGCGGUGGCUGACCUGCUCGUCGCCCUCUUUGUCAUGCCCUAUGCCGUCUAUGUACAUGUCCAAAACGGGGAAUGGUACCUGGGGAACUUGAUGUGUGACAUCUACAUGGCGAGUGAUGUCGCCUGCUCGACGGCUAGUAUUUUGCUGCUGGCAGUUAUCUCGUUCGAUCGAUACCGCGCCGUCUCCCGUCCGAUACAGUACUCCAGACAGGCGCAGAACAUCAAGCGCGUCUUCGUGAUUCUGGGCAUCAUCUGGAUGAUCUCGGUGCUCGUUGCCAGUCCAAUGGUGCUCGGGAUGAACACGCGGCCGGCGAACGCUAGCGAACGGGAAUGCCGGUUUUACAACGCCGCCUUUUCGAUCGGCUCUUCAAUCAUCUCAUUCGUCAUCCCAUGCGUGCUCGUGCUGUUCGUCUACAUUCGAAUUAUGGUGGCGCUGAAGCAGCGGGAGCGGGCGGCUAAGAUGAGGAGAAUCAGCCAGCUGCAACAACAUUCCACAACAAGCUCGGUUCGGCAGACGGGCAGCCUGGAGGAGGACGAGGCCGGGAAAAUCGUCGCCGGACCAG